GGAAGGCGGGGCGGGAGGGCGGCGUUAAAGCGGCGGCGGGGCCGUGCCGGGCCGUGCCGGGCCGAUGGAGGCGGGCGGAGAGAGCGGCUGCUGGUUCCUGUACUACGCGUACGGCAGCAACCUGCUGCGGGAGCGGCUGCUGCUGCGCAACCCCUCGGCCGCGCUCUGCGCCCCGGCGCGCCUGCAGGAUUUUAAGCUGGAGUUUGGCCAUCAUCAAGGCAGGACAAGUUCUGUCUGGCAUGGAGGUACAGCUACCAUUGCUCAGAGCCCCGGAGACGAAGUGUGGGGAAUAGUGUGGAAAAUGAACACUUGCAAUUUAAGUUCGCUGGAUAAGCAAGAGGGAGUUGAGGAUGGCAUUUAUGUCCCAAUAGAAGUUAAUGUCCACACUCAAGCAGGAAAGGUACUGACCUGUCGAAGCUACCAGAUGAAGGACUAUGUCUCUGGUCCCCCUUCUCCACAGUAUAAAAAGGUUAUCUGCAUGGGCGCAAAACAGAAUGGCUUGCCAACUGAUUAUCAGGAGAAAUUAGAAGCUAUUGAAACUAAUAACUAUGCAGGACCGGUGCCGAUUAUGGAAGAGAUUGAAGCUGCUAUUAAAGCAGAGAAAAUAAAUUCUGCGUAGAAUACCUCUGCAUUUGCUUGGCCGUUCACCUUGAUUUAGAUACCUCUCCUCACUGUGCUGAUCAGCAGUUUCUUUAUUUAUCAAGAAGAGAUGAGUUUGCUAUGCAUCUAUAGUAAACCAUUAGACAUAACUUAGCAAUGUCAGCAUGUCUCCAGACUGCAACUUCUUUUUGUAUGUAUAGCUUGAGUACAUGCUGCAAACACAUUGCAGAUUUAGAAAUUAUCUUUCUGUAAUUGUCAUAUAAUGCUGCAUGAGAAUUUGUGCUUCAUGUCCAGUUUACUGACCUUUUUAAAAGAAAAAGACCAUGAGUUUUGGCACCAGUUGUGUUCUGAGGAAUAAGGGCUGCAGGAUCAGGUCAUCUUUUUGUUAGUUAUAUGUAUACAUGACUGCAUUCGUUAGAUGCAAAGUAAACUCAAAACUCUAAGGCUAAACCUUUUUCUCUGCUACUUCUCUUAAUCGUUUAAAGCCUAACCUAUCUGAUGCUGUGGAGUUCCUGUUCCUGUUUUAUAGUUAAGAAAAAAAGAAAAGUAGCAGUUUUUAAACUCCUUCCAUGUUUUAAAGUGUAAGUACAAAAGGGAGUCUGGGACUGAAGACAACAUUCAGCAAAGCAUCUCAUUCAAACCAUCAUCGCUUCCUCCUUUCAAUGUCUGGUGAUUGUCAUAGGUGAACUGGUUAGCUAUAACCAAGAGAUUUUUAAAGAAUUCAUUUUACUUUGAUAUUUCCAAGGGUUUCUUUUAAUUACCUUUUUGACUGGUUUGUUUGCCUAUCUAGGCCUUGGUCCAGUGAAAUCAGUCUCCUUUGAGCCCUAGCAAAUUUAUUCUGUGGUUUUGUUAGUCUGUUGAACCCUCAAUGAACAGACUUGGCCUCUUGUGGUUUUUUUGGUUUCUUCUCCCAGCAGCUUUGACAAUCCAAUGCAAAACUGGAAACUUUUGUAACCUAUUUAUUUUCAUGGUACUUUGCAACCCCUGUAGUUAGUCUUUGGGGGAUGAGGAAAAAUUGGCAACCUGGAAGAUGUCAAAUCACUGAGAUUUGGCUUAUCUUCUCUACAGUGUAUUUUUUUCUCUUGAUCUACAGAGAGGUGUAAGAUGUCAUUGAUGUCACUGUGUGACUUGCUUAGAUAAACAAUUGAUAAAAUAACAGACUUACCAUGUCUUCUCUGUAAAAAAUGUUUUCUGUAAACUUCUGCCAGGUGCGUGUAGCUGCUGUCCUGAUGUAAUAUGCCUGUUUCCAGAGCUGGGCACGGUGACUGCUGGAAAACACGGUACUUUUUGUAUUAGCACUGUCUAGUUUAAGUAAAUAAAAUUGUGAUUACCAAA